AUGGCCCUGCCCACGGGAAGCUUCGCUCUUUCAACCGUGGAGGGUCAGCAAAUGGGGCCGCAGGCCUUCGGCGGUAACGUGCUGUACGUCCCGAUGAUCACCGCGAGCAUCUUCCCCGUGCGGCAGAAGGACGACAUGGCGUACGUGCUCGAGGACCUGCACUACGCGCAGCGCACGCUCUGCUUCGACAGGCAGCGCAGCUAUGCCACCAGCCACAGCGGCGGCGCGCGCAUGGGCUCCAUAUUGGCGUGCGACCCCCAAGGCGAGCAACUGCUUCACGGCUAUCGCGCCCGUCAGCGGCCUGCGGGGCGGGCAGGGCGCAACCUCAUGCACCCCGUCAUGCACGGCUACAAGGGCUGCCGCCCCAGCCGGCCGAUCGCACUAACCUACAGUGCGGGUACUGGGUCGACGUUGCGCUCGCUGCUCGUCUGCCCCUUCCAGCACAUCUUCCAGACGCCGAUCCAUAGUUCCAGCCCGCCGGUCGUGCGCCGUAGCAGGAACUGGUGCGGACAGGCAAGUGUCGUCGAGUUCUUCAUCGCCCAGCACGACCACAUGCAGCCGAGCGACGCAAACGGCUGGAACGCCUCGCGGGGAUUGUGAAACAAGGCGAGUAGUCUCUGCGCCCUGUCAACGCUCGUGUUCGAACAAAGCAAUACGGUGCACUAUACUGCACCGAUCGACCCCCUCUUACAGUGUUUUAUGUUGUAGAUUCUUUAAAAGUAAGCGUGGGUGCCUGCUGGUGUAAUGGAU